AUGACGGAUGGUUUCUUAAAUUUUCAACAUAAUCGACGAAAAAUAAAUUCAGCACAUAAACAUGGUCAUCAUCAUAAUGUUCGUCAUGGUACUCGUUCAAUGUCAUUAUUAGAUCGUCGUGGAUUAAUUACUGCUCCAAGAUUUUCAACUCGAAAAAGUAGCAUUUCACCGUUACCUCAUCAUAAAAGAAAAGAUAUGGAUUCAACGGAUACAUUAGCAAUGCUAAUGCAUCUAUUGGAAAAAGAUGAUGGUGAAGAUCCAUUCUGUGCAAUGUUUCUACCAACAAUGGCUAAUAUUGAUAAAUCAACUCAUAAACCAAUGAUAUGGCAACAUAUACAACGAACACUUCCUGUUAAAUCAUUCUCACAGGUUAUUAAUACCUAA